UGGUGUGAGCUUAGCGCGUAGUUUGCACCCGCCAGCCGAGUCACCGAGAUGUACCAUCUGGAGAAGAUCUGGGUCCUGCUGUGCCUGGCCCUCGUGGGCGUCCUUGGCUUCGGCCAGUUCCACAUGAAGCACUACCAGCUGCAACGCAACUACAACACGCAGGAGGAUUCCGGGGAGAACGACAACAGUGUACUGCGAACCUUUCGCCGCUGCAUGUGGGAGCAGUCGAAGUUUCUGCCCCGCCGCCUGGUUUUGCUGAGCCUGUGCUCGAAUCUCUUCUGCGAGAACAACCACAUAAUGCCCCGCUCCAGGUCUAUUUUCGUAGUGGAAAAAAUGUCUAGGCCGAAUGACUGCCUGGACAUCCUGCCCGACGAGUGCGAGCAGGGCGAUGAGGAGGAGCUGAUGUACAAGCCCUUCCCCGACUGCUGCCCGGUUUACUGUAACCUGAAGCGUCGGAUGCAGCGCCUGCGCACCAUGCACUUCCGACAUCGCCUGCUGCGCAACAAACAGGACGGCUCCGCGGGAUCCGCCGGUGGUGGAUCCACCGGUGGUGACGGCCCCAACAACUCACUCCUCAGCGAGUUCGUCUACAAUAACUACUAGGCCAAACAAGGACGACGCGAGCGACAUUCCAGCAAAUCAAAUUAUUCUGCGAUUUGUGAACUGGUCAUCUUGUACUUCUGCCGACAAAAGGAGUCAUCCGGUCAUCCCGACACUGAGCGGAAAACGGAUCCAAUCCUUGGAUUUUAUUAAACUCAAUCUCAACAAAUAGGCAAUAAUGUAGGAUAUAAUAUACAUAUAUACGGGGAUGCCAUACGAAUUGCGAGGGCUUAAAAUCAAUAUUAAAUGUAAUUGUAGGAGCCCAAAAGUAUGCAGUGAAUAAGAAUAGUCGACAUUCUGAGUAAGAAAAUAUAUUGUUGCAUACUUUUAGACACCUUUAAAAGUGAUAUCAAAACCCUGGUGCUUUGUAUGGCACCCUAGAUAACCUACAUAUAUCAAACUUGAAGUAAAUAAUAAAAUAAGUGUGAGAUAA